GGUCCACUGGUUAAGGACAAGCUUGAAUUAUUUCCCUGUUGCUGUUUCUUGUUUUGGUUCUCUAAUUUCAUAUAUCCAAUGUCACAGUGGAUCAUCUAGUUAACACAGCAAGUUUGGGACAUACAUAUUCUACUUUGAGGAAGCCUCGGAUAACUCUGUGUUUCCCCGUUUGAUGAUCUGUUAUGAAACACUGAUGGAUGAAUCCCUUAUAGUUCUCAGGAGUCAGGACGUUAGCUUUUGGGGAAAUGUUUAUCCAACAUUGGUUGCUCUGCCUUACUUGGAUCAGACCAAUGGUCGAGUCAUUGUGAAUACAUCAGUGGGGAAUUGGUUACCUUUUGCGCCAGGAAUGAGUCUGCUGCAAAAUGCAAAAGCUGCUCUUGUAAACUUCUAUGGACUAACAAUUGCAACGCACGGUUGGACUGGUAGCAAAAUGAGUAGAGGCAAGUUCAUGCUAGAGGAGGGUGCAGAAAUGCAGUGGAAAGAAGAAAGAGAUAGAAGUAAGCUAUCAAAUACAUCCACAGUGGAAGCAACAGCUGGUGGACCUGUGGUGGAGGAGUUUGCCAAGUUGACCGUGGCAGGGGCUUGCCGAGAAGAUGCCUAUGUGAAGUGUCCAAGUUGCUAUGACAUAUUCCUGGUGCAUAGGGUGUUUGCACCCUAUGUCCUCAGUUGGACAUUCCGCCUUCUUCUUUUGACUCAGGGUGCAAGAAGAACAUCCUUAAUGUGUAUAGGGAGGCAGAUAUUGCAAGGCAGCAGCAGAUAUGCCCUCGAGGUGACGUCUCCUAGGAAAGCUCCUUUUCUAUCCUGAAGCUGGAAGCUUCCAGGUCAACCCUCUACAGCAGCAGAAAAUAGAAUGGCUGCUAAGCA